AUGGGCAUGGUGAUCCUUGAACUAACACUAAGCUAUUACUUUGGAGAAAAAAAAAAAAACAGAAAUGAAAAUAACCAACAUCUCUUUUUAUCUUCCUUAUGUAUUUCAGAUUCUACAGCGUGUAAAUGCAGAACGGGAAAUCAGAAAUGUUGGACAAAAUGCGCCCGAAUCUACCAAAGCAAAAGACGAGCUGAAAGUCCAAGAUCCGAGCAAACACUACCAGAUAUACUGAAGCAAUCGUCGGAGAUUGAUGAUAUAAUAUACGAGGACAUUGUGGACAACAAUCAAAUGAAUUCAGCUGAUUCCCCAAAUCUGGAGGAACUUUUGGACAGUUUACCGUUCCCCUGGAGGAGAAACAUAUACAGAUUGAUCCAGAAGGCAGAGAUGGCGGAGCUUGAAAACUUCUUAUAGUUACAAUGCUAUAACUCUAUCUUUGUAAGGUAUCUUGCCAGUUCUUUGGGGAUUCAUCAGAGAAACAACGUGAAAAUAAACCUUUGAAUCCUAUUUAAAAGUUGGAUUGGGAGCAAGAAAUACAGUCACCGACAAAAUGACAGAGAAAGACAUCGACCAUGCUAGUAAGCAUGCAAAACCUUCAUUUGUUUUUACUCAUUUCGGUUGUCUUUCAAGUAAAAAGGAACAGAAAACUCUAUUUAUAUAAAUCAGUCAUUUUUAAUUUACGUUAGAAAGAAAUAUGUUCUAUGUAAUAUUACAUGUAUCCCACUGUCAAAUACUACAAAAACUGUAGGCAGAUUUACGGGAGACACCUCAAGAUUGUACGGACAUUUUUUUUUUAUUUAAUCAGAGUGUUAUAGAAGAGGGCAUGGUCUGAUAAUAUUUUGAGAUAAUGCUCUGUGAAAAAGAGAAUAUCGAAAAGCCAGCUGCAUCUAACGACUGAGAUUAUUAGCUUUUCAUCUAGGUGCUAUCAAGCUGCCAGCAUCAUUAUAUCUUUAUCUCGUUAGCAUCAUCGUAUAUCUAAUUUAUUAAUCCAUUAAUUUUUACUGCGUCGUGUCAGCUUAUCCAAACCCACUUGCACAGAUGGCGUAAACUGCGAUAAAGACUAUGUCUAUUGUUCUGCAAUUGUUCAUUUAUUAUUAACAACAAAAUCCCAUCUUACAUUAUUCCAAUUAUUUAUCCCCAAGUCGAUGAAAGCAAACUAUAUAUCCCGUUUGUGCGACUUUGAACAAUAAAUUACAAUUAAUUAUUUUAAAAUAACCAUACUCUCUUGGAAGGUUUAGGUCAAUCAAAUUCAAGCAUAUAACUCUAGGUACUUAAGUUGAGUUCUUCAGCUUAUGAGAUUGAAAAAGACCUGGAACUCAAACUCGUUUUUAUUAUUUCCCAAAGGUUUUAUUUGGUAAGGUUGUGUUAUCCGUGUCCUUUUCCUAUACUAUUUUUCACAAAUAUCUGAGCAAUUAUUAAAGCUAAGGAUAGUUAUCAUUAUUAUUUUCUUUACGUAAUUUACAUUUUGUAUAUUUGCAACGGCUCCAAAUCAAUUAAAGAAUAUAUAAAGUUUUCUUGAUUCACGUAAUAAUGUAGUAAUACUUAUUGCAGUAUGUGGUCAUAAUUAGAACUAGGAUUUCCAAAAGCCCAUCACAUGUGCUGUUAUACUUCUUAAAUAUACGCUGACCUUGAAGUGAUGAACUUUGGAAUAGUGAUACUAAAAAUGCGCCAAAUGCAAAUGAUAAAAUUCACUGUAAAAAAGAUUCCCUUUUAUACAAGUCAUAAUCUAAAUUUCAUGGAAAAUUCAUGUAUAAUUUCAUACUGAUAAAUUGCUCGGUGUCCUGCUGAUAAUCCAACCUUAUUAUACAUAUCAAGAUUGGAAAAAAUAAACACCCAAAGAAA